UAAUAUGAUUGAUUAUAUGUUUCUAAUUAAUUAUAUAACAAAAGACACACAUCAAUACUAGAUUUUCAUAUCAUCAAAAUAACAAUUUUGAAAAACAAAUGAAAGGACAACAAAAGAAAACGACAAGAAAACACUAUGCGCUGGCAGUUCACAGCUAGUCUGGUUGUUACAGAGUAGAGAAAACAAGGCCCAACAAUGAGAGUGAGAGGUAGCUGAAUCGAACUGCUCUCGUCCCAUAAUAUAAUAGUUCUCUACGCCUUGCAAAGUUAGUUUGUUGCUUACAAUAUGAGUCUACCGGAGGACAUAUUAAUAGAGGUGUUUGAAAAGUUGCCAAUGAAGUCAUGCACUCGAUUUAGGUCCGUGAACUCUGAGUGGGACGACACUCUUCAUUCCUUGGAGCCUUCUUCCUGCAUUAUGCGCUCUCGAUGUCUUGAGACGCAACGUCACAUCUACUCAUUGUACACAGCAGGUGAAGAAGAAUUGGUGGCUAGAACAUUUUAUAAAGACGAAAUGAGGAUUGCUACAGUGAUGAAGGGGAUUGUAUGCAUUUGCAAUGGAGAUUCCGUUGCCCUUUGGAAUCCCGCAAAUGAACAAACGUUAGAGCUCCCUAGACAUCAUCGCUCGGAGUUCAUGGAGACAUCGAUAGGGUUGGCGUGGAUUAAUAAUCAAAUUGUUGUCAUAAAGAUAUAUCUUGGUGAUGUUGUUGAUGAUGUUGUGAUGUUCUCGCUACAAGAGUCUAGGUGGAUAAGUCUUGGAAACGACACGAAGAUUGGUAUUGCAAAUGAAGAUGAUGCUUGUGACACAAUCGUUUAUGGCACGCCUUAUUGGAUCGGAGAAACGAGACGAGAUUCUUGUAUCAAAUUUGACGUGAAAACAAAUAGGUUUGAGGAGAUAAGACUUCCGCGGACGAUCCAAAGAGAAGAGAUCGAAGGAGAAGAGAAAGAAAGAAAAAAGAGAGAAAGAAAUGACUUUCCUAUAUCUCUAUAUGGCCUACGUGGCAAGCUAGCCAUACUUGUUAGGGACCACCAACCGAUGCCCCCCUACACUUUGGCUUGUCAUUCUUGGAUUUUGGAUGAUGAUGGUCACUGGAUGAUAGGCAGAAACAUGGUAUUCACUCUAGCCAUUUCAAGGUUCAUAAAUCCUCUUGAAAAUGGAGAUUUGGUGGUAGUUACACAAGAUCAAAGCCUGACUAUAAUUGAUAGAUCCACAAGUUUAGUAAAGGCAACAAUAAAUCAAGGCUCAACCCAUGUCCAAAAGUGCUAUGAAUACAAGCAGAGCGACAUAAUUCUCAAUGAACCGUGGACAUCAAAGUUGACGAGGAGACUUCUCUUGUUUGGAGCGGGACUAGUUGGAGGAAUUGUAGUCUCCCUGUAUAUGAAGAAGCGUCAAGGGAAUGGGUCUAAGCGUCAAGGGAACAUUUGAAUCUCCUAUUGUUGUUUGGACUUAUUUCUUUAGGUACGGUUGUUUGGAUCCAUGACUAGACUUUUGGUUGUUGUUGCUUAAAGCAUACUUUGAUUUGUUCGGCUGUUUGACCAUGACUCGAUUUCUGGUUGCUAAACAUAUGUGCAACAUACUUUAAUUUAUUUAUAUUAGGUACCGUUGUUUAGAACCACGACUCGAUUUUUGGUUGUUGUUGCUUUGCUAGUCAUAUGUUUUUCGAAAUUGG